CUACAACUCCCAGGACUCCGUAGCAUUGCGCAGCCCAAGUGGUACCCAACCACGUCUCCUUCCGGGGCUGCGGAGGAAGGAUGCUGCCUGGCGCUGCCUCUUUAAGGCAAGGAAGGCGGACGCAGGAUGCUGCGGGAAAAGAAGGAGGGGAAGACGCACCACCGUGACAUCACCGGCCACCCCUCCUCCCUGGUCCAGGAGCGGAGAGGCCACCCUGCCUCCUCCUUGUUCUCCCACGGAUGCUCCACCUUGAUGUCCACGCCCAGGCCACUCCGCCAUGAUCCCUCCGAAUGCCGCGGCGAGUCCGUCCGGCGACGCGCUCUUCCCGGCUCUCGCUCCUCCGGACCUGUGGCGCUCCCAGGUGACGGGCUACUCCGGCUCCAUCACCCGCCACAUCAGCCACCGCGCCAACAACUUCAAGCGGCACCCCAAGAGGCGGAAACACAUUCGGCCCUCCCCACCGCCGCCCCCAAACACCCCGUGCCCCAUCGACCGGAUCCACUUUGGCGAGAUCCACCCGCAGAGGUCCUUCCUGGAGCUGGUCUUCAACGGGUGCAUCCUCUUCGGGAUCGAGUUCAGCUAUGCCAUGGAGACGGCUUACGUGACGCCGGCGCUGCUCCAAAUGGGUUUGCCAGAUCAGCUCUACGGGAUGGUUUGGUUCAUCAGCCCCAUUUUGGGUUUUUUGCUGCAACCUUUGCUUGGUGCCUGGAGUGACCGGUGCACCUCACCUUUGGGCCGGAGGAGACCGUUCAUCUUGGUCCUCGCCAUCGGAGCGCUGGCUGGACUGUCCUUCAUGCUGAACGGCCGGGACAUCGGCCUCGCCUUGACCGACACCGCGAGUGACCACAAAUGGGGGAUCGUGCUCACCAUCUGCGGCGUCAUCCUCAUGGACUUCUGCGCCGAUUCGGCAGAUAAUCCCAGCCACGCUUAUAUGAUGGACGUCUGCAGCCCGGCCGAUCAGGACCGGGGGUUGAAUAUUCACGCUUUGCUAGCCGGUCUCGGGGGCGGAUUUGGCUACGUGGUCGGGGGAAUCAACUGGGACCGGACCAGUUUUGGGAAGGCGGCAGGAGGCCAGCUCCGCGUCAUCUACAUCUUCACCUCCAUCACAUUGACGAUCGCCACCGUCCUGACGCUGGUCAGCAUCCCCGAGCGAGCCUUGCCGUCCUUCGGGAAGAAGAAGAAGGUGAUGAAGAGCCCCAGCUUGCUUCUCCCACCCUCCCCGCCGCUGCUCUUCGAGGACUGCGCGAGCGAGAACCUGGCCUCGCAGAACCCGGUCCGCUUGUACGCCAGCUUCACCAGCCCCAUCUCCCCGCUGAGCCCGCUCACCCCCAAGUACGGCAGCUUCAUCAGCCGGGACAACUCUCUGACGGGGCUCAGCGACUUCGCCUCCUCCUUCGGGACCUCCAACAUCGACAGCGUGCUCAUAGACUGCUUCACCAGCGGGCACGACGGGUACUUAGCCGCCUUGCCGGCCAGCUUGCCCCGGCAGGCCGUCAGCUUCCCCAGAGCUCCGGAGGGCUUCUACUGCCACGAGACUGUUGCCUCCGAAGCCAAGGAGAGUUUAGGGACACCCGGGGCGGACGACGAAGUCUUGCAGGUGGGAUCUCUGGGUGCCAUGAAGCCCCGCGGUUCGGGAAUCCUGAAAAGGCCGCAGACGUUGGCCAUCCCAGAUAUUGUCACAGGGAACCUUCCCGAGAGCGGCCGGAGGAGGAACGUCACCUUUAGUCAACAGGUCGCCAACAUUUUGCUGAACGGGAUGAAGUACGAGAGCGAGCUGAACAGCUCCAGCGAAAUCUCCGAGCAGCCGCUGUCCAUGAAGGUCCUUUGCUCCACCAUCUGCCACAUGCCCACCGCCCUUCGCAACCUCUGCAUCAACCACUUCCUAGGUUGGCUCUCCUUCGAAGGGAUGCUCCUGUUCUACACGGACUUCAUGGGAGAAGUGGUCUUCCAAGGCGACCCCAAGGCUCCCCACGAUUCGGAGGAAUACCAGAAGUACAACGCCGGGGUGACCAUGGGCUGCUGGGGCAUGUGCAUCUACGCCUUCAGUGCGGCUCUCUACUCAGCCUCGCUGGAAAAACUGGAGGAAUACUUCAGCAUCCGCACGCUGUAUUUUAUAGCCUAUCUUGUUUUCGGACUCGGCACCGGCCUAGCGACCCUGUCCAGGAACAUUUACGUCAUUUUAUCGCUUUGCGUGACGUACGGCAUUUUGUUUUCCACGCUCUGCACGCUUCCCUAUUCCCUGCUGUGCGACUACUACCAGAGCAGAAAGUUUUCCGGCUCGAGCGAAGGGUCCCCCAGGCGGGGCAUGGGGGUGGACAUCUCCCUCCUGAGCUGCCAGUACUUCCUGGCCCAGAUCCUGGUCUCGGUGGUCAUGGGCCCCUUGACGGCGGCCGUGGGCAGCGCCAACGGGGUCAUGUACUUCUCCAGCGUGGUCUCCUUCGCCGGGUGCCUCUACUCCUCCCUCUGCGUCGUCUACGAGAUCGCGCCCGGCGGCGAAGACCCGGCCGAGGAGGAGCGCCAGCCCCUGAUCUGCAGCGCGUGAGGCCGGAGCUGGGUGCGAAUCCCGCCGUUGGGCCAGAGACACUGGGAGGAAGGCGGUUAGCCGUAGACGGGGCAACUCUUCAUACCGUAAUGACAAUAAAAAGAUGGCCGCCUUGGA